UGAUGUUCAGUGAUGCUGGUGUCUCUCAGUGCAGGUGAUCGUCAGCAGCAGUGAGGGAAUCACUCGCUCUCACGCGCCUCCAGUGCUCCACAGUCCUUCAUUACUCCAGUCUGUCGAUGUGAGACGCGGAUGACAAAGUUGAAAUCGCAGGUGCACGAAUCGAACCGUCCAUUUGCAGACGUUACAACGAAAAAGAGGAAUUAUAUCGCGAGUUUUUCUGUGAUGGCUUUAUGAGGUUGUGUGUGAGAUCUCUGGGAACAAUCGUGAGCAGCAUGCAUAGGCACGCAACAAGAGAGACCUUCCUCGUCCUCUUUCUCAUCAUCAGCCUGAUGUGGCCCAUACAUUCAGAGAUCUCCAACUGCGUCAUCAAACGUGAGGAGGAGAGAUGCUUGGAGCGAAUUGCCCUGCACGACCCUAAAGAUGACGAAGAGUUUGAGUGUCCGUGGGAGUGGGACAAUCUGACCUGCUGGCAGGCGACCAGUGUCGGCAAGGUCGUGGAGGUCAACUGUCCCGAGCUCUUCGAGUUCAUGAGUCCAGAGGAAGGGCUCGGCAAGAUCAGCAGAAACUGUACGGAGUUCGGUUGGUCUGAACCAUAUCCGCACUAUGUUGAUGCCUGUAUGAUUGGUGACAACACAACCAAACCUGACAUGUACUAUGCAUCUGUGAAAGCUCUCUAUACGGUGGGCUACAGCACGUCUCUGGUGUCUCUGACCACAGCUAUGGUCAUUCUGUGCCGCUUCCGGAAGCUUCACUGCACCAGGAACUUCAUCCACAUGAACCUGUUUGUGUCCUUCAUGCUGAGAGCCAUCUCUGUGUUCAUUAAAGACGGGGUCCUGUAUGCUGAGGAGGACAGCGACCACUGCUUCGUUCAUACUGUGGGGUGUAAGGCGGUGAUGGUCUUCUUCCAUUACUGUGUGAUGUCAAACUACUUCUGGCUCUUCAUCGAAGGUCUCUAUCUCUUCACGCUUCUGGUGGAAACCUUCUUUCCUGAGAGACGCUACUUCUACUGGUACACCAUCAUCGGCUGGGGAACGCCCACCAUUUGUGUGACCAUAUGGGCCGUUCUGCGCCUUCAUUUUGAUGACUCUGGUUGCUGGGACAUGAAUGAUAAUACUGCCCUCUGGUGGGUAAUCAAGGGACCCGUUGUGGCAUCAAUCAUGAUUAAUUUUGUCCUCUUCAUUGGAAUCAUCAUAAUCUUGGUGCAGAAGCUGCAGUCUCCAGACAUUGGCGGGAACGAGUCCAGCAUCUACCUGCGUCUGGCGCGCUCCACCCUGCUCCUCAUCCCUCUGUUCGGAAUCCACUACACUGUUUUUGCCUUCUCCCCGGAGGAUUUCAGCAAGCGGGAGCGACUGGUCUUUGAGCUGGGCCUGGGCUCCUUCCAGGGGUUUGUGGUUGCCGUGUUGUACUGCUUUCUGAAUGGAGAGUUUCUCCCUAAAGGUGCAGUCGGAGAUAAAGAGGAAAUGGAGGAGUUGGACGGUGAACAGGUACUUUGCUGUGGACCUGAAGCAGCAGCGUCAUCCUUCGCUAGCGAGCAGUGGGGUGAACGGGGGGACGCAGCUGUCCAUCCUCAGCAAGAGCAGCUCACAGAUACGCAUGUCCAGCCCUCUGGCCGAAACGGUCAACCUCAACCUGCCCACCUGAGCGCCUGAUUGGCCCGUCCGCUCAUAAGCCCCGCCCUCCAACUCACCCUCUUCACCUGCAGUAGGGCCGACCAAUCACAAUUAGAGAAGAACUAGUAAUAAUUAAUGAAAUCUCUGGAUAGUAUUUAAAGAUUCCAAACAAGAUCCAGAAUGUGUCACCCAUUAUCGGUUAGAAGCGAUUCGUCCAGGGAAAUAUUUAUAGUGCCAAAACUGUUUCAAGCUUAAAAGUUGCAAUUCAGGUUAGGAAGCUUUUUGACCAUAACGCAACUUUUUGAAGGCUUUCUAAUUAAUCUAAUAAGUAAAUAACAAUACAAGCAUAAAAGAAUGUAAUUUUAAUCAAUAAUAAUGCAGAACAGGGGCUGUAUGAUUCACACCGCAAUGCCAAAAUGAGAUCGCGGCGGAAAUUAGAGUGAAUUUUCAUAUCGCAUUUUGAGCCAUAGAGAAUGUGAACGGUUUGUGGUUAGAAUGUAGUCAGAGAAACAUCAAUCCAUCCAACAGCACAUUGCUUUCUAGUUUAAGUGUAAAUCAGAUAUCUACGGAGCCCCGCACAUGGCAUGCA